AUGAAUGUAAGAAAGAGUGUUUGUUUUUCAAAAGAAGUUUCCUUAGUUUUCAUUGUGGGAAGUGCGGUGAGAAGUGCAGUGAGGGGUGCAUUGACAACCAUAGUGACAACUGCACGCUGCUGCAUGCUUUUUGAUGCUACUGCCCAUUCCCUAGCGCUGGUGCAUACUUCCUAG